UAAGAAGUAACGCCCCCUUCCCAACGGCUCAACGCCAACUAUUUCCUCCCAUUUAAUUCACAUAGAAAUACUCUCACAGACAUACACAGGGAAGAGAGGAAGAAGGAGCAAAGAGACGACAAUGUCGAUCGCCUUCUGCUUCUCUCCUUCCUUCUCUUCUUCCUCCUCUUGUAACCUUCAUACCUUUGCUUCUUCUUCUUCUUCUUCAUUGCCUUCCUCUUCCUUCCUCAACCUCCGCCUCUCUCUCCCUUCUCCGCCACUCGUUUCUUCCUCAUCUUUCUCUUGCCAGCGCAGGAACUUGCCUUUUGUUCUCUACUCCUCUUCCUCUUCCCCCACUGUCACUGUGACCACCGGCGGCGGCGGGAUCGGAGGAGGUGGAUUCUCUGGAGGUGGCGGCGGAGAUGAUGGCGGCAAUGCUGGGGAUGAUAAUGAAAAGAAUGAGGCUAUUUUGGUGUUGGCGGAGGUAGGGAGGUCGCUGGAGAGUUUGCCUAAGGACUUGGCGACGGCGAUCAAGGAUGGCAGGAUUCCUGCUUCGGUUGUGUCUCGGUUUUUGGAGCUCGAGAAGUCUCCUUUUUUCAGAUGGCUGCUUCAAUUUGGUGGCUUCAAAGAGCGUCUUUUGGCGGAUGAUCUGUUCUUGUUCAAAGUCAUCAUGGAGUGCGGUGUUGGCAUGUUCACCAAGACUGCUGCUGAGUAUGAGCGACGCAGAGAAAAAUUUUUCGAUGAGCUGGAAAUUGUUUUUGCUGACGUGGUCAUGGCCAUUCUUGCUGAUUUCAUGCUGGUUUAUCUGCCUGCACCUACUGUAUCUCUUCGACCAGCACUUGCAAUCAAUGCAGGACCAAUUGCAAAGUUUUUCCACAACUGCCCUGACAAUGCAUUUCAGGUGGCUCUCUCCGGAACAUCAUAUUCCUUAAUACAAAGGGUUGGCGCAAUUCUGCGUAAUGGAUCAAAGCUUUUUGCUGUGGGAACUGCUUCGUCACUGGUUGGGACAGCUGUGACAAAUGCCUUGAUUAAUGCAAAGAAGGCUGUUGAUAAGUCUUCUGCUGGGGAAGUUGAAAAUGUUCCAAUUUUAUCCACCAGUGCAGCCUAUGGUGUCUAUAUGGCAGUUUCCAGCAAUCUCAGGUAUCAAGUUCUUGCUGGAAUAAUUGAACAGCGGCUUUUGGAGCCUUUGCUACACCAGCAUAAGCUUGCACUCAGUGCACUUUGCUUUGCUGUGCGGACGGGCAAUACAUACCUUGGUUCAUUACUGUGGGUGGAUUAUGCUCGUUGGAUUGGAAUUCAGUAGGCUUUACCUGCUUUAGAAUAUCAGAAUUCUUCUAGGCUGCUCUCUCUGUGUUUGUGUGUUGAUUACACGUGUUUCGUUUUAGGAUAUUAUAAAGCGCAGGCCAGAACACAAAAAGGAUUUUUUUUUACUUUUAAUUUUUCAAAAAAGAGAGAGAGAGAAAGUAAAGUGUUUUGAUUGGGAUGUUUUAUUGUAGGAUGUAUUAGGCUAGAGGUUUAGGUUCUGUGCCAUCCUCCCUUUCAUAUACUUAAGUCUGCGGAUUUAGAUUAUGACAUUGGACUCAAGUUGGUGGACGUAAUUUGAGUCUAUGCAUAAUAUGGAUGUUGCAAAAUUAACGGCCAAUAAGAAACCUACUCUUUCCA